AUGUCCACACACACAGUUUCAAACAACUUCAUCUUCUUCUUCUUUACCCACAUGAAAAAACUCUGUCUGCAACUCCAAUGGCUUCUUCUUCUUCUUCAUACAUAUUAUUAUUAUCUUCUUCCAUUCGAAUAUUUACCCCUCAAUGGAACCAAAGCAACAGAAAGUGGCUCCUCUCACACCGCAAAAAGAAGCAUUCUUUCACUGUCUGCUGCUCCUCUCUCAACGAUGACGACUCCAUAUCUCCAACACAUAAUCCCAAAACAUCUGAGAUGAGUUAUGAUCCUUCAGAAGAUCUUUUUGGAGUUUCUGCUUAUUUGCAACCUAGCAAUUUCAGGAAAUCUCUUCCAAGUAGCUCUACUCCAAGAUCAUGGUUCGGACCGAACGGUCAAUAUAUUAAAGAACUACCUUGCCCAAGUUGCAGGGGUCGGGGCUAUACCCCUUGCAACAUGUGUGGCAUUGAAAGAUCAAGAUUAGAUUGUUCACAAUGCAAUGGCAAGGGUAUGGUGACAUGUCAUCAAUGCGCGGGAGAAUGCGUAAUUUGGGAAGAGUCCAUUGAUGAACGACCAUGGGAGAAAGCUCGGUCAAUUUCUCCAUUGAAAGUAAAGGAAGACGAUGAAGUGGACAAUCUUGAAAUAAAAUUGUCCGCAAGGAACAAAUCAAAGCGUGUAUACAAGUCUCCGUCCGCAGAAGUUCGUUUGAAGAUUAGUCGAUCUCUGAAAAGCCUUAAUGCCAAAACCGGAUUAUUCACAAACCGAAUGAAAAUCAUCCAUGGUGACCCCGAGCUCCAUGCGCAAAGAGUCGCUGCUAUUAAGAAAUCUAAAGGGUCGGCUGAUGCAAGAAAGCAUGCUUCACAAUCCAUGAAAGCCUUUUUUAGUGAUCCAGAAAACCGACGCAAGAGAAGCAUUUCCAUGAAAGGAGUGAACUUUUUCUGCAAAAACUGUGGUCGCAAAGGACACCGUCGACACUACUGUCCAGAACUUGAUAAAGAUUCAGCAGAUCGACGGUUCAGAUGCAGCUUAUGUGGCGAAAAGGGUCAUAACAAAAGAAGCUGCAAGAAAGACGACAGUUUCGAAUCGAAAGUAAAAAGUUCCAAACAGCCAUGUUGUAGUAUUUGUGGGAAACCCGGGCAUAAUCGCAGGACUUGUCUUCAAUGAUCAUAUUGAUUCGUUGAUUAACAAUUGGUUAUCGUUCGCUGAGCUGGCAUUUACUUCCAUAAAGAUGUUAACAUGCUAGGAUUUUUGUUUGAAUAUGUACAUAAAAACUGUACACAGA